AUGCCCUGGGUACAAGAAAACUACGAUGAGAUCCUGCGUCGAACCAGGAAACAACUUGGACCAGUUUUAAUUCCGGACAAUUUUAAAUCCUUCACAGUCGCUCACAACGGUCGGCGGGAAGGUUAUUCAAUUCGUCCAGUCAAAUUCAUUAAUCCCAACAAUCAUCCGACGGUAAAAGCAUAUCCACCAGGUUACGACAGCCCUGGUAGUUCCAAUCCCCCAAACACUCCACCCAUCACCAAGAGCCCGGGUGGUUCCAACCCCCCAAGGACUCCACCCAUCAUAAAUAGCCCAUCAUUAUCAGCAAGCAGACUAUCUCUAAAUGACGAUCAACAAUAUUAUGCUUUAAAUCCCACCACCCACGAUUGGGUAUUUGAUCGUUAUGACAACGAUGAUCUGUACGCAGACCCUAGCCCUAUGCGUUCUAGGGAGCAGUCUCCAGCACCCCGUUCUGGCGGCAGUUCACCCCAAGUUGCAAAUCAGUCCCCCGCCCGUCGCGAUACGGGGGACGAACGACGUAGUCGUUCCGCAUCGAAGGCAAGUUCUAGGGGAUCAGGUGACGGUGGUGCUUUUAUGGCAGAUGUUUUUGACUUCUCGGCGGCAUCAACGCAUACGCCACCUCGCUCAACUGAUGCGCCUCAGCCCGUCCCAGCCUCGCAUACCCAACAUAUAGGCCCCUCAAAGCAUACUACUGCAGGAAAGGCCUCUACUACUGCAGGAAAGGCCUCUACUACUGCAGGAAAGGCUCCUACUACUGCAGGAAAGGCUCCUACUACUGCAGGAAAGACUUCUGCAAGCCAGAAGACGGUUGCUGCGUCGAAGAGUCCAACCGGAAGUUCUGCAUCGAGUUCCAGCAUAAGGGAAGACAAGGGUAAGAAAUCUCUCAAAAGUACUGCAUCAAUCUCCGGCCAAAAGGAAGAUAAGGGUAAGAGACCUAAGAAGAAGUAA